AUGUAUGAUCAAUGGUCUUUCAAAUUAUUCAACACUAUUGGACUUCUUGUUCACCUAUUUCUGAUAGACAUUCCUAAAGAUUUGAGAAGGUGGUUGACGUUGAAGCAAAAGGAUGUUAGCGGUAAAGUGAUAGUGAUAACUGGGGGAGCCUCCGGACUGGGCAGAAAAAUGGCGCAAAUCUUCGCCAUUGAAAAACAAGCAAAGCUAAUCAUUAUUGAUAUCAAUUUUGAAGGCGCCAAAGAAACGGUGUCUUCAAUAGCAAAUGAGGGUGGUCAAGCAGAAGCCUAUAGCUGUGACAUUCGAAAAGAAGAAGAGCUCGAAAAAAUAGCCUCCGAAAUCCACAGCAAAUACGGCAAGGUUGAUAUUGUUGUAUGCAAUGCAGCUGUACUCGCUUUCGCUCCAUUUUUGGAUCUGAAGACCGAGCAGCUCAAAAAAGCCCUGGAUGUCAACGUCGUUGGAACCAUCAAUACCAUACGAGCUUUUCUCAAGCCCAUGAUUGACUCGAAUGAAGGACAAGUGGUUGCAGUCUCGUCAAUUGCAGGCUUUUCGGGAGAGACGUUCGGUCUCGCAUAUUGCCCGACAAAGUUCGCUGUUCGUGCUGUGAUGGAAUGCCUCCAGAUGGAACUGAGAGAUCGCGGACUUGAAGGCAUUGCAUGUUCAACGUUGUGUCCGUAUUUUGCCCGCACACCGAUGGUACUCCAGCUAGGAAUGAGACCCACAAGCACGUGGUUCCCCUUCAUGAGCGUUGAAUCCUGCUCUCGACGAAUGGUGGACGCUAUCCUCAAGGAAAAAUGCAUCUCCUUCAUGCCGAAUUAUGUCACUUUCGUUCCAAUGAUCAAAAGUUUUCUAUCUUUCAAUACGACGCGAUCGUUGCGAGAAUACAUAGACAUCAACUACGAUACGGGUAGCAGUGUGAAGUUGACAAACCGCCGCGCCAACGAUGCAACAAAGGAAUACUUCUCUUCCUGCCAUAUUCUGCUGUGGAUUCUCGCAUUAUUCGUGCCUUUGAUCUUUUUUACUUUGGGAUCGACGCUUGAACGACUGCUAUGUUGCAAUUACUGGAUAAUUUACAAAGUCUACAUGGUGUUGGUGCUUGCUCACGUCAUAGAAGCGAUUUAUGCUCUUCUUCUUUGCGACGAAAUGCGGUUUAGCUUUGCCUGCUCUGCGAAAUGGUUCAUCCAGACGUUAUUAAUCGGCUACCCAUCGCUCAAUGCUCUCACAAAGCAUGUACAGGUGCGAAGGAAGCUAAGUUAGAAUCAACAGCCCUGACAAUGGAUGCCUUGUAAAAAAAAUACAGCCAUCUGUUGGAGUUCUUGUACAAUUUCAUAUGGCUC